UGAAAGUAGAAGCCCAAGAGCAGGCUGCUGUUGUCGUAGAAGGGGAAGGCCUGAGUGAACAGGACUUCACUAUUCACAAACAGAACAGAGCAGGGAGUGUGGGAGAAGGAGAGAGUGUGUGUUGUUGUCGUAGAGCCGUGUACCGGGGCCUAGUUUGAGGAAUUUCUGCAGAGCAAUCUCUGAGGAUUCGUUUUUGGACGGUGGACUACGAUCUCUGUCACAGGCAUACGGUCAAGUAGAUACGGUUGUUGACUAUUUCUGUGUUUGGUCACCUUGCUUCUGGUCUUUGCUUGAAGAAAAAACUGCCACUGUCACAGCAUGAGUGCAGCAUCAGAUCCAGUCAUUGUCAAUAAUUUUAUUGAUGGAGACUUCUGCGGCACAGAUGAAUACCUGGACAGCUUUGACCCUUCGACGGGUCAAGUCUGGGCGAAAGUGUCAAACAGUUCCGCCAAAGAUGUUGACAAGGCAGUGGAGGCGGCUCAGAGGGCAUUCCCAGAGUGGUCCGAACUUCCGGUGGAAAAAAGAUCUGAGGUAAUGCAGAAAAUUGCGGAUCUGAUUGAAUCGAGACUGGAUGAGAUAGCAGAAGUGGAGUCCAAGGACCAAGGGAAACCACUGUGGCUGGCCAAGAGAGUCGACAUUUCCCGCACUGUGCACAAUUUCAGAUAUUUUGCCACAUAUGCUCUGCAUGAUGUCAAUAGCUCGAAGAUCCAGGCUGGCUUCAAUGCCACCAACUACACCGUGAAGUGUCCUGUGGGAGUGGCUGGACUCAUCAGCCCGUGGAAUUUGCCUCUCUAUUUGCUCAGCUUCAAGCUAGCCCCGGCCAUAGUGUGUGGCAACACGGUUGUAGCAAAGCCCAGUGAGAUGACUUCUGUCUCCUGCCAGAAGCUGUGUCAGGUGUUUCAGGACGCAGGUCUGCCCAAGGGUGUCAUCAACCUGGUCUUUGGCUAUGGGAAGACCGCCGGUCAAGCUAUUGUGGAACAUCCAGGUAUCCCCCUGGUCUCUUUCACCGGAGGCACGGCCACAGCUGAGCACAUUCGCCGUAGCGCUGCCCACCUCUGCAAAAAGUUCUCUCUUGAGCUUGGAGGGAAAAAUCCUGCCAUAAUAUUUGAUGACUGCAACUUUGACAAAUGUGUGGAGACCACUAUAAGGUCAAGUUUUAUGAACCAGGGUGAGAUCUGUCUGUGCACCAGCCGCAUCUUUGUUCAGAGAAGUAUAUACAGCAAGUUUGUGGAGGCCUUUGUUGAAAAAGCCAAGGCUCUCACCGUGGGAGAUCCCAAAGACAUCAACACGUUUUGUGGUGCCCUCAUCAGUCAGCAGCACAGGGAGAAAGUUGUUGGUUACAUUGAAGGGGCUAGAAAAGCGGGGGCAACAAUCAAGUGUGGGCAUGGAAUCACACCUCUUGAACUUCCUCCUCGUUGUCAAAAUGGCUAUUUUGUGCGUCCUACUGUGAUCACUGAUGUGGAUGAUGCAGCUCCCUGCAUGAAAGAGGAGAUAUUUGGACCUGUGACUUGCAUUGUUCCCUUUGAUGAUGAGAAAGAGGUUAUCGCCCGAGCUAAUUCUGUCAAAUAUGGUCUUGCUGCUUGCCUGUGGACUGAGAAUGCUUCUCGUGUGCACCGUGUGUCUCCUAAAAUUGAUGCUGGCACUGUGUGGGUCAACUGCUGGCUAGUGCGUUGCCUGGAUAUGCCUUUUGGCGGCGUGAAGGAGUCUGGCAGUGGGCGCGAGGGAGGCAAAUAUUCUACAGAGUUCUUUACCGAGGAGAAGACUAUCUGCAUCCAGCACUAAAGCCUUGAGGGACGUCACCCUUUGCCCGUGAUCUACUGCUGUGUUGGUGUUGCAGACCUGCCACUCAUCCCGAUUUAAUCAGGAUAUCCCGAUUUUUUUUGGUCCCAAAUCUCAAGCAUACCAAUUUUGAUCACAUGUGUCUCGAUUUUUUUUGUUCUGUCUGUUGCUCCGGAUUUUUCUUAAAACUUACUCUGCUUUCCUAUAUUUAUGGACCCCCCUGGAAAUUUUUAAAGUCAGCUUAAUGAAUUGUCGUUGAUCACAUUUUUUCGCCCUGAUCUCGAAUUUUUCCUUUCGAGAUUCUGAUUUUUAGAUUUUAUAGAGUGGCAGGUCUGGUGUUGGCAUUAUAUUAGUGUUUGUUCAGUUCUGUAUCAGCUACUGGAUGGAUAACAACAGUGUUAAUGUCUUUUUUGUGAUUGAGUUACUCUCUUCCAUUAGAGUUGAUUUUACUCUGUCAUUCUGAAAGGUAUAGAGGGACACCUUCAUUGCCAUGAAAAUAUCUAUCCAGAGUCAUUGCCGUAUAAGUUGUUCAUAUCUGAUUGAGGCAUUUAAUAUUUACUAUUAAAGUGAUAGCUUAUAAUCUCUUUUCCCUUCUACUUGUAAUCAAGGGCUCAUUCACCUAUUCAUUAAAUGUCUGCUUGAUCUGUCUGUGCAUUCAGAGAAGAUAUGAUCUCAUUCCUUUUGGAGGGAACUUGUGUUGAAACAUGUUGGACGCUCAAAUUAUGUUUGUCUCAUAUUUCCUCCUGUGUCAAUUAUCGAGUACCCAUUUGCAGUGUGGGUCAUCGCUCUGGAAAAUGGGGAACAGUGCCUUACCAUGAGAAAUGGGAAUGAACUGAUAGUGAAUCUCAUGUCCCAGUCACUAGACUUGUAUGCUAUCACGUUGAAUAUUUUUAAAAAAUGCGUGUACGUAGCAGCAAAACCAGGACCCAUAUAUCAGUGGAAAUAUGUGUGAUUCAAUUGCGAUAAUGUGUUUCAUAUUUUUUUUGGUCCAGGUAGUGAUCUCAAUACAGAUCAUUAUGACUAUAUUGUCAAUGUAAUGUUUGUCUUACUGAUACCAAAUUUAGAAUUGUUGGCUUUAUUCUAUGUAAUUUAUAGUGUGAACAGGGUAAGCAAGCAGCCUCCCACAUUCCUCUUUCUAUGUGCUGCCACAAAGGCACACUUUUUCUCUUUGUAUGAUUUGUGACUCAAAAAAGAUGGGUUUUUUUAGAAAUUGAUUUUGUUUGUGUUGAUGGAUGAAUUAAGAGUAAAAUUAUUUCCUGAUUGUAUAUCGUGAGUCUUAGAAAUUUAAAGCCAGGAUGGUCUUCCAGUGCCAAGUAAUUUUUAUAACACAAAUAUCUGUUGCAACUUUUGAGCUCCCUUAUGUUUGUUUCCCUGUGCCUUCAGUCAUAUCACACAAGGAAUUUCAUCUAAGUUAUAUAGAAGGCUUUCCAGGUUUCAUACUUAAUUUCCUUGUCAUUGCAUUUCUGGAGACAUGGUAUUAUUCUUCGAGCCUUUUGUAUCAUAUUUUUGAGCUUUAAUUAUUUCUUGCUCUUUACAAGAAGUCUUAUAAUAUUGUUUGUUUGCUUAUGAUGAUGUGAAUUCCUUUUGGAGGCUAUUAUAACAAAAAAGUUUCUUCAGUGUGUGUGACUGCCACCCCCACAAAAUUCAAAAUUUCCUUCCAAAUGACAAUGUUUAAUGUGUCCUGCACGCUCAUAUGACUUAAUGUAGUUGUGAGCGCCAUAAAACACUCCCCCCCCCCCACCCCCCCCAAAAAAGUGUGGACCGUGGUUUAAAUGGUCUGUUUUCUUUAACUGGUGAUACAGAGAUUUAUGUGUUACGGCAUAAUGGAACCGGGCGCUCAUCAGUUUGGGACAUAUGGAGUUAAUGGUAUUUCUUAAAGCAUGUUUGGUGAAAACAUGCCCUUCUAUUUUGAACAAAAGUUGAGAUAUAUGUGAUUGAAGGAGGGGGCAGUUGCCUGGUGUUAGAGAUAAAAUAAGCGAGGAAUUGGUGAAAGUGGCCACCAUUUUUUGCACUUGUCACUAACGUUUGUCAAUAAAAUCCUCACAAAAAUAUGUUCUGAAGUGGGCAUAAAAGGUAUUGAGUCAAAAAGAAAAUACAAGAUAAAAUUUACCCCACUGGCAGAAAAAUGUUGGGUUCUUUGUUUUUAUUAUUUUGAAGAGAACAUGAUUUCAUUCACAAUGAUUAUGAUGCUUGUGUUGUGGAUUUAUAACAGUACAUCUCCAGACAAUCAAGAAUAUUACAGACUUCAACAUAAAUUAAGGACCACCUUGACAGACAGCCCUGAUUUUUUUUAAAUCCAAAAAAAAAGACUG